AUGUCAGAACAACAACCUCUCCUCCCGGCCCAUAAUUCUCCAUACGAUGACCGCGGCGAGUCAGAGUCGCAAGGAGACAAAGGCCGCUUGACUGAAUUUCGCACCAAGACGGCCCAUGUACUCGAGCACCCGACACUGCAUAAAGUAGUAAUCACCCUGAUCACCGUGGACGCCAUCUGUGUGCUUGCAGAUCUAGCGUACAGUUUCCUAUCGCCCACUUGUGCGCCUCCUGGCGAAGGCGAUAACCCGGAAUGGCUUGAGGUUCUCUCUCAUAUUUCGCUGGCCAUCACCACUCUUUUCCUGAUUGAAAUUCCGCUCAAUCUGUGGGCCUUUGGCCCGCAACACAUAAAUCCCUUUGGACCAGUCCCUCAUGCAGGGUUACAUGCGUUUGAUUCCAUCAUUAUCUUGACAACAUUUGUCCUGGAGGUCAUACUCCGUGGAAAAGAAAGAGAGCUGGCCGGAUUGCUUGUCAUACUUCGUCUGUGGAGGCUUGUCAAGUUGGUCGGAGGAGUGGCCGUGGGCGCGGGGGAACUCGAGGAAGAAACAGCUAAGGAACUGGAAGAAAUGAAAGCCGAACUUGACAAAGUCAGAGCGGAGCUAAACGACACCUUGAAAGAAAACGCAAUCCUCAAGGCAAGGCUUCAACAAAUACAAGAAUAA